CGGCCCCCCGCCAGCGGGCCGGGCCUGGAGGAAAAGGACCCGGCGGGGAAGCUGGGGGGUCGCGUAGAGGCGCAGCCGGGCAGGGCGCACCCUGGGCGGGCAGGUCCCGCCGCCAUGUCCCGGUGGUUCUUCCCCUGGUCCAGCUCCAUCAAGAAGCGGGCCUGCCGCUACCUGCUCCAGCACUACCUGGGCCACUACCUGGAGGAGCGGCUCAGCCUCGAGCAGCUCAGCCUGGACCUUUACCAGGGCGCCGGCGCGCUCCGGGACAUCCACCUCGACGUCUGGUCUGUGAACGAGCUACUGGAGUCAGCCAAUGCCCCGCUGGAGAUCGUCGAUGGCUUCAUCGAGAGCAUCUCGGUCGCCAUCCCCUGGGCCGCGCUGGUCACUGAGAACUGCACUGUGGAGGUCACGGGGCUCCAGGUCACCUGUCGCCCCAAGGACCGCACAGGCUCUGCGGGCAUGGAAGCUCAGAGCUGGGCCUCAGGCAUGACGACGAGUCUGCAGCUGGCCAAGGAGUGCCUCAAGGAGCAGCCCGAGGAGCCGCCCCAGCCCCUCGAGGGCCUCGAGAUGUUCGCCCAGACCAUCGAGACAGUGCUGCGGCGGAUCAAGGUGACUUUUGUGGACACCAUUGUGCGGGUGGAGCAUGCACCCGGCAGUGCCCCUGCGGGGGUGGCGCUGGAGCUGCACAUCAAGAGGCUGGAGUACUGCGACGAGGCGCUGCGGGAGCCCGGCCCAGCGCCGCCCCCUGACGUGCACCAGCUGCCGGCCGUGGUGCGCAAGGUGCUGCAGCUGCGCGGUGUGCGGCUCUGCUACGAGGAUCUGGCUCCGCCCCCACCGCUGGCCCCACCCCAGGCAGGCGCCCCGGCUUCCCCCCCCAGCACCCUCUUGCAGAUCGGCAGCUGCUCGGGCUACACCGAGGUCACGGUCAAAGUCAAGCAGAACGAGGCCCUGCCUGGACCCAAGUUGGAGCUGGACGGGAAGCUGGGCGCGCUGCACCUGCUGCUGGCCCCCGAGCACAUCGCCGCCCUGCACAGCCUCCUCGCUGCCCUCGGCACCUCCGGUGCUGGUGGCCCGCGGGAGAGGCCCAGCAAGAGCCGCCCGCUGGACUCUGAGGACCUCAAGCUGAUCGAGCAGGACCUGAACCAGCAGCUGUACGCGGGGCUGGGCCCAGGCCGGCCGGAUGGGGCUGACAGCUUCUUGGGUAGCGAGAAUGGAGAGAUGUUCUUCUCCAUGGCCCCCCUGACCAGCAGUGUGACCUCGACCCGCUCGGUUGGGGAGCUCUCCGACAUUGACCUGGACAGCUCCGUCCACAGUGACUAUGGCCCUGGCCCCCUGCAGCCCCCUGCCUUCGCCCCUGGGCUGAUCCUCAGCAGCCCCCGGCGCUUCGGCCACUCGCCCUUCGCUGCCACUGUCCCUGGGCUGGGCAAGUGGCAGGGCAAGCCCCCCCAGCCGGACAGCCUGCGCCCCAAGACGCUGGUGCGGGUGACGGUGGGCGGGCUGACACUCACGGUACCCCACCAGGGCCCUGCCCCUGCCCCACCUCUGCCAGCCCAGGACUUCUUCACCGAGCUGGACUCCUGCAAGGACGCUGCCUUUGGGGGCCGGGACUUCACCCCCCUGCGUCAGACCUUUGAGAGGGCCUGUCCGCACAGCCACCUUCGGUUGACGGCAGCCGCGGUGCAGCUGAGCUGGGAGCAGAGGGCAGCCUGUGGGCUCCACGUGGCCAGCGCAGACCUGGGCUGCGGGAAGCUGGAGGUCCUGGAGUGCCUGUGGCCAGAUGAGGGGUCCCGAGUGCCCAUCUACACUGAGCUCCUGAGUUUUGCAGCCCCCAGCGAGGCCUCGGCCCGGCCCUGUGCCCAGGUGCGCUAUAAGCAGACGGAGCAGCUGCCCCCCAAGGGCAGAGGCCAGCGUCGGCGCGUGGGGGCCACGCGGAGCUCGGAGGUGGCCGUGGACCUGGCCCCGUUCCAGGCCGAGGUGGAUCUGGGCGCCCUGGACCGGCUGGCCCCGCUGCUCCGGCUGGCAGGAGCCCCGUCCCCCCGAGACACGCCACCCCAUAGCCAAGGGGAGCUACACAUGGGAAGGGCCUGGGCCCAGAGGGCCGUGCGGCCCGAGAGCCUGCGCCUGGAGCUCAGCGACUUGGCCCUGCGCUCGGAGCUGCACGCUGCCCCCAGCGCCCCCCCGGCCCCCGCCCACAUCGGGGGCUCCUUCAGUGACCUGCACGGUGUGCUGGAGGACGGGGCGGGGGCUGAGGUGCCCUGCGUGCGGCUGAGCAGAGCCCUUGACCCGGCAGCCAAGGGUCCCGGCAAGGCCUAUCUGGUGCCAAAGAUCACACUAACCCUGAACCCCCCACCCGGCCUGUCCCCCUGGGACCUGGGGCUGGACAAGGCAGAGGAGCUGGAGCUGUCGCUGGCCGAGAGCCCCUGCGAGCUGCCCCCAUCCGAGGCCUCGCCCUUCUCCUCCAAGAGGACCAUGUACGAGACCGAAGAGAUGGUGAUCCCCGGGGAACCCGAGGAGAUGGCGGCCUUCCAGGCGGCCACAACCGAGGCCUCGCGCUGCGCCCUGGAGGUGACGCUGCCCAGCGCCCACAUCUUCCUGCCCGGCAAGGCCUUCUACGAGCGCCUGUACAACAGGAUCAACAACGACCUGCUGAUGUGGGAGCUGAGCUGCCCCCUGCUGCGCUCGCCGGGACCCGCAGGGGGCGCUGCACCCACCCCCGGUCUCUUCCCCGGGGUCCCCGAGGUCUCUGAUCGCUUCCGCAUGUGCAAGUCGGCCUUCAAGCUGGACUCGGACUCCGAGGAUGAGGAUGCCCCAUUCCCGGGGGCUGAGGAGGGCAGGGCCGGGCACCGCAGUGGGGAGGGGCCUGGCCCGCCGCCCCAGAGCCACUGCUCCAUCGUCUUCAACAUCCUCAAGGGUCGUGUCACGGCUCUGUGCGACGCCAAGGGUGAGGCUGGUCAGCUGGUAGCCAAGUCGCACGGGGAGCUGGUGCUGGAUGUGGACGACUGCACCAUCUUCAGCGUCUCCCAGUACAAGGGGCAGGAGGAUCUCGGCUACCUCUGCAUCGAGGCUGAGAGAGUCAACCUCUACCACAAUGCCGUUCUGGACGACUACCCCCUGCCCGAGCGCCUGGAGCUGCCCAGCUUCAUGCCCCCCGCCCGGCUGCGCCCCACACUGUACCCCUCCGAGGAGGGGGUGCCUGGGCGCCCAGCGGGGGGCAGGAGGGACCAGCCUGCCAAGAUGCUCGUGGCCGCCAUCCGCAUCCACCUCGACCUGGACAAGAACAUCAAGGAGUUCCUGGUGACCGUGCAGCUGGAAGGAGCUACCAUGAGGCACUACAUGGCCCUGCCCAAUCAGAGCUGGUACACGCAGCUCAUCGAGUUCCUGGAUGUCGUGGAUGAGCCCAUCCUGGGCUACGACCCCCCGACUGUCAUCACGGUGCUGCACACGCACCUCUUCAGCUGCGCCGUGGACUACAGGCCCCUCUACCUCCCCAUCCGGGUGCUCAUCACAGCUGAGACCUUUACCCUGUCCAGCAACAUCAUCGUGGACACAUCCAUCUUCCUGCUCCGGUUCAUCCUAGAUGACUCGGCCAUCUACUUAUCGGACAAGUGUGAGGCUGACUCUGUUGACCUGCGCAAAGAUUAUGUGUGCGUGUUGGACGUUGACCUGCUAGAACUGGUCAUCACCACGUGGAAGGGCGACACGGCAGGCAAGCUGCUGUCGGAGAGCCCUGCCUCCCUCCCCUCCUUCCCUCCCGCCGAGACGGCCGUCAUCAACCAGCGGGACCUGACGGAUGCCCUCAUCGACACGGAGCGCGGCCUCCGGGACUUGGAUUCCCAGCAAGGCAAGGAGGGGCUGCGCCAGGCAUCGCCCGUCUCCGUGUACCUGUUCCCAGGGGAGAACGGCCGCCCCCCUGCCCCCGGCCCGGCUCCUGGGACCCCUCUGGAUGAGGGGCCGGAGCCAGGGUCCCCCACGGGCAGCAGGGUGGAAGGGGAGGCUGUCGAUGCUGAUGACUUCUGCAUCCUGGAUGCCCCUGGCCUGGGUAUCCCGGUAAGUGGGGGGCGGGGAGGGGUCAGCAGAGAUGGGAUCUGGGAGCAAGGAGGCGCAUGGGGGUGGGAUCUGGGGGCAGUUUUGGGGGAGUGGAAGAGAGGAGUGGGAUGCACUGGGCUGGAGACCCGGACGCCUGGCUUCCUUGGGACCAUCGUCUGGCACCUCUACGGCGGGCGGGACUUUGGCAGUGGGCGUGGCCCCCCUGGACAUGCCCAUUCCCCCAGGAUGAAGCCCGGCUUGGGCAGCCCCCGCGGGUCCCCGUCGCGCCCCACCCUCGCCAGCCGCCCCCAGAACACCUGGCGGGCGCAGGGCGGCGCGGGGCGCCAGCACAACAUGCUCAUGGAGAUCCAGCUCACCAAGGUGAGCUUCCAGCAUGAGACCUACCCUGCUGGGGCGGAGGCAGGGGCCGGGGGGGCGCCGGAGGCGGAGGAGCAGCCGGCCGGGCGCCAGGUGCUGCUGGUGCAGGAGCUGGAGGUGCGCGACCGCCUGGCCUCGUCCCAGAUCAACAAGUUCCUGUACCUGUACACCAGCGAGCGCAUGCCGCGGCGCGCCCACGCCAACAUGCUGACGGUGAAGGCGCUGCACGUGCUGCCCGAGGCCGGCCUGGGGGGUCCCGAGUGCUGCCUCCGCGUGUCUCUCAUGCCGCUGCGCCUCAACAUUGACCAGGAUGCCUUGUUCUUCCUGAAGGAUUUCUUCACUAGCCUGGCAGCUGGCAUUCACCCUGUGGUUCCCAUGGAGGCAGGCACAGAAGCCCGCCUGGAUGCCGGGGUCCGAGGUAGCCCUGCCCCCGAGCCAGAGUCCCUGGGGAAGGAGCAGGAAGGGGUGUCCAGGACCCCCGGGCCGGGAGGAGCCGACCUGACGUCCUCCAUGGAGACCACGUACAGCGAGAACAGCUCGUCCUCCACCGCCUCGUCCUCCGCCGACCAGCCCAUCUACUUCAGGGAGUUCCGGUUCACCUCGGAGGUGCCCAUCUGGCUGGAUUAUCACGGCAAGCACGUGACCAUGGACCAGGUGGGCACUUUUGCCGGGAUCCUCAUUGGCCUGGCCCAGCUCAACUGCUCGGAGCUGAAGCUAAAGCGUCUUUGCUGCCGGCAUGGGCUGCUGGGCGUGGACAAGGUGCUGAGCUACGCGCUGACCGAGUGGCUGAGCGACAUCCGCAAGAACCAGCUCCCGGGGAUCCUGGGCGGCGUCGGCCCCAUGCACUCUGUGGUCCAGCUGGUUCACGGCCUUCGGGACCUGUUCUGGCUGCCCAUCGAGCAGUACCGCAAGGACGGGCGGCUCAUGCGGGGGCUGCAGCGCGGCGCCGCCUCCUUCGGGACCUCCACGGCCGCCGCCGCCCUGGAGCUCAGCAACCGCCUGGUGCAGGCCAUACAGGCCACGGCGGAGACCGUCUACGACAUCCUGUCGCCCACACCCCCGCCGCCGCGGGCGCUGCCUGCCCGGAGGCCCACGCGGAGGCAGCGCCGGGGGCAGCCGCCAGCCGACCUGCGCGAGGGCGUGGCCAAGGCCUACGACGCCUUCCGGGAGGGGGUGCUGGACACGGCUCAGACCAUCUGUGACGUGGCGGGCCGGGGGCACGCGGAGGAGGGGCCGCCCCCCGUGGUGCGGCCCCUCAUCGUGGCCACGGAGGCCACGUCCAACCUGCUGGGGGGCAUGAGGAACCAGAUCCGCCCCGACGCCCGCAAGGAGGAGGCCCUCAAGUGGCGCCUGGACGAGCCCCAGGACUGACCGCCGCCGCCGCCGCGAGGGCAGGGGCCCAGGCUCCCGCCUCGCCAAAUCUCUCUAGACUGUGGGCUGCCGCCCCCCUCUCGUGGGUGCAUGGACCCCCACCCUGAUGCCUGGACUGAGGAUUAAAGACGCUGCUUUGGUUUUCAGCCCCA